CUUCUUAUACCUACCUACUUCUACUCAUAAGCCAUUUGUCGUUCACAUACACUCGGGUAACACUUUGGUAUAGGUACCCAGGUUUGUUAGCUCUAAUCAAUCUCUCUCUAGGAUGUCUACCGAGCUCCGUAUGCAUGCCGGGGAUAGAGCCAAGGAUUCAUGCACCAGUUCUUGCAACCAUGCGUAUAGUAGGCAUGUACCUCUAAGCAGCUGGAAUGGAAAAUGAUACCAUGGCGGACCCGCAACUCGCUUUUCGUUAACGGCGCGAGGCCGGCCUCAAACUACCUCCUAUUAAUCAGCACUUCUCGUACUUAUACACCCGUACACAUACAGCGUACAUACCUGUGUAGAGGAGGAUUCUGCAGCUGGCCCUCCGCGUGGAUCACUCACUUGCGUCCUGGCUCUCCAUUUCCGUCCCGUCUACCUGGUCGUCUGAAGGCCCCUCUCUCUCCUCGUUUCCGAAGACGCCAAGACUCUCGGAGUAUCGCCCUUCCAGCCUCUGCUACGCUAGAAUUUUCGCGUCAGACACAAUGUCUACAUUCGAGCAGGCCAUAAGAUUCACCACCGACUCCGCGGGGAUGGAGCGGAGCCUGCGCCUGGUGCAAGCCGCGGUGCAGAUCCUGUCGAGCUUCGCGCUGCCGUUCGACCUGCUGCUAGUCGCGCUCGGGGCCGCGGCCGGGCCGGCGCCCGCCGCCCCCGCCGUGCGCGGCGUCCUCGCCGCGCUGAACCAGCGCCUCGGGCUUGCGCGCCGCUACUUCCGGCUGUUCCGGUUCCUCGAGGCGUUCGACGGCGCGCAGAAGGCUCUCGCGCAGCUCACUGCGCCGUCCUCGCCCGCCGACGUCGCCUGGCUCGACGUCCUCGCCCGCACCUUCAACGGCAUGUACCUCCUGCUCGAGGCCUCCACCGUCGUCGACGCCCUGCAGGUACCCGGGCUCGCACUGUGGGGGCCCGAGCGCGAGCGCCGCGUCACCGUCGAGGCCCAGCGCUUUUGGCUGCUUGCCCUCGCGUGCGGCGGGCUCGCCGCCCUCGCCCGCAUCCCCGCCGCCCUCGCCCUCGCCGCCGUCCCCGCGACCCCCGCUGGCCUCGCCCCGCUCGCUGACGCGCCGACGGGCGAGAAGGACGGGGAGAAGGAGAAGGAGAAGGAGACGGCUGAAAGCAAAGAGGCGCUGCGCCGCCGGGAGCGGCCCAACGUCCGCGCAAAGGUGCACAAACUCGGCCGCACCGCCCUCGCUAGCGCCAUCGACAUCGUGCUCCCCGGAAGCGUCAUUGGCUGGAUCUCUGCCGAUCCCGGCACCGUUGCCGUCGCCAUGUUCGUGACUUCGAUCCUGACGGGCAUGGAUGUUUGGGAGAGGUGCGGCCGCGAGGUUGCGGCAGGUAAAUAGGGAGGUGGGCCGGGUGCCUCUCUCUUUCCUCCCUGAUCUCUCUGUCCCUCCCUAUCCAGAUAGGAGUCGGUCGCAUGGGUAUACUAGCUGGGGAAUAGACAGGGUGGCUAGAUGGCAAUUCACCUCCAAGGGAAACAUCCGAACUGUUCCAACUUUCAGAUACGGCCAUACCCAUCAUUGAUGGUUUACAUUCAGCCUGUAGGCGUGUGGAGUGCGAGGUAUAAGAGACGCCGGAACGUAGACACUAUUACACUUUGGAGACCAUAAAGUCAAGGUAGAAGCUGGAAUCAUUGUGAAGGGCCUUGUAUUCAGCACUGUGGUCGG